CUUACGGUGAGUGGAUUACGUGGAAAACGAAAACAAACGUGAAGAGCUGGAUGGAAGCAAAAUUUGAACGACAUUUUGCACCGUACGUAAUCCUGGUUUUAUCCUUUUGGAUAACAGCAUCCUGGGCCCAAGAGACCCUAAAACCUUCAUCAACCCAAAACGCUCAAAUUUCGGACUCGGAUACCAUCUCAGACCCGCCCCAUCACGUGAUCCUCUGUCGUCAUUGUGGGCGUGACACGGCCGACCCGUCGUAUUUGGUCACUCAUCAGGCCUACCUAUCGUCGCCUUUUGAUCAUUUUGGCCACCAAAAGAACUACUCAUCCAUUUUUGGCCAAGAAAAUAUUCCUUUGCAAAGACUGAUCAAUCCUUCCGGCGCCGAAUUUGACGUGGUCAUUUUGAAAAAGGCAGGUUGUUCAGGCCAAGCUCAGUGGUCCUCCCAAGCGACGUGGUUUCCUGGAUAUUCUUGGCGGGUUUGCGUGUGUCCUCAGUGUAAAAGUCAUUUGGGAUGGAUGUUUGAGCCCACGGAGGUUGUUCAAGACGUGCUAGACAAACCCUCUGACCAAGGCUUUUACGCCCUCAUUGCUGAUAAACUCAUCGACGAAGCUUACGCGUCCACGUUGCUCACCAAAUCUCAUUCAUUAAAAAACUAAAGAUCAUGUCUUCCAACCUAUCCGCUGAACAGGAGGCAUUCCUCAAGGAAUGCGAACUGGAGUUCGCUUCGCGAUACACCGAUAAAGACAAAGAGUUCGUCCAAUUUCAAAAGGCUCCGAAGAUGCCUCCUCCGUGUGU